CAGAGCACGCACACGCUAAAACACAACUUGCACUAUUGAAAUUCAACCACUCUCAACCUUUCAAACUUUAAUACAACUACACAUUGGACAGUAGUUGUGUACUUCAUUCUAUCGCUGGAUCAGUUGCUUAAUCAGUAGCAUUUACCUUCCGCCCAUCCUCUCUCAUAGGUAAGACAUGCAGCCAAGCAUGCAGCAGGACUUAUGUUGAUACUGGUGACGAAAGAACCAACUCAGUUAUCAUCUGUCAUCUGGGAACUAUCCGAGAAUGGAAUGAGUGUAAGGUGGAGUAAGAAAUACAAUUGCAAAACCGCUAGUAGCUCAAUGCUUUGACGCACUUGGACUCUGACCUCACCUGGUUUAUUGCUCAUGCAAAGACUUUCAACGGCAACACACCUGGAGAGAUCCACAAAGAAAAGGAGUUGGCGCAUCGAAGGAUUAUUGAAGAAAAGGCCAGAGCCCUAAUGGACUGAAAGCAAAAGGUAGCUGCAUAUCUUAAUGCACAAACUCUGCUGUCACAGAGGAAAAUCCGAUUUUAGCUCAGUUGGUUUCUGCCCCAAGGCUGCCUAUUGAAGUCAUCUGUGCAACAGUUGAACAAGCCCCAUCAUGUCGUGUUUGUCAGUGUUCAGGUACGAGGCACUUCCAGCUUUCAUGACAGAUUCGAGUGUGCAAGCUUGGAGUUCAAAUAUCCAGUAUUUGUUCGAGAACACAGAUUUCAAAAGGUCAACUUCCAGGUGUUGAUAGCUGAACGAAGAAGGUCAUACAAAAGCAUUCAACGACUCUGGAGAUCACAUAGGAGAUAUAGAAGCACCCAAUUCUUAAAGACUACUAAGAUGCCACUUAAAGCAUCCUUGCAAAGAAAGGCAACCUCUGGCCGUUGGUCAAGCAGACAGUCAAAGCGCAGAGAGGUUCUCUCUGUCAAUAUGAUCAGUCUCCCACUCGCUGAUUUCCGCCAUAUCUCACAUAUUGGAAAUGAUGCCCAUAGAGACAGCUUUGGAGACCUUUCGUUUUUAAAAAUGGGCCACAGCCUGCUUUUACAAAGCUCCCAAAGUGAGCAAAAUCUCUUCUUGGCCUGCUCUCCACCACCCAAGCCCCCUCGUCUAAAUAUGGAGGCAGAGGGUUCCGAGAGAACGGACUGGCCUGCGGACCACCAGGAGAACGCCACCCAGAAGAGGAAGAAAUGCAGCUCAAUGCCACUGCUGGACAGCGAGGAAGGUGAGACUGUAUUGGUGGGGAGGCAUGAAAGGGGAAACAACAUUGCGACCAAACAGUUUUCCAGUGCUGGAUGGGGCAAUCUCAGUGCGGACACCAAUGGAAACUCCACGGUGGUUGGUGACAAAAUUGAAGGACAACAGAAAGAGGAGGACAAUGCCUUUUCUUUUAGCCUCGACCUGGGUCCUUCCAUUUUGGACGAUGUCUUGCAGGUUAUGGACAAACUUCAACAGUGAAUGAAAUAGCUAGGAAUACAAAGACAAAAGGGGGAAAUCAAACUCGAAUUCCUUCUGAGAGAUAUACAUUAUUAUCUCUUUACUAUACUAAAAAUAAGGGUCUCCCGGGACUGUUGUGAAAAGAAAAUGAACAACAAAGAUAUAGAAAUAAAUUUGUUAAAAACGUCCGCAUUCUAGUUAAAAAGGUUUGGUAUGAUGUCGGCAAUAUGUUAAGUAUAGCAUGCAAUUUGCUUAUUUUUAAAAACAUUGUUAAACCAGACGUAUUCU